CUCUGUUUACUUUUAAGCCUUCCAAUCACUUAGCCUUGCUUCAUGUUGCAGUUAAACUUCUCCAUUGUGAAUUAGUUCACAUCCAUCCUUUCACCAUGGGAUGGACAAAAUCUGCCAGAAGAAAACUCUCUUUGCCCAUAAUCACAACCAUCAUCUGCACCUUCUUAGCCUUCAUUUUUCUCUUGUACACUGAGAGGGUCAGUACUAUUUCUUCGGGCUAUAUUUCGAGGCUUAAGCCUUGUCCCAAAAGAGCAGAUGACAGAGAAUUGGAGAGCGAUUCAAUAGACAAUCUAGCAGAAGAUACAAAUGAUUUUGAUCCUGAUGAAUGCAGCGUCAAUCAUGGGAAAUGGGUCUUCAAUUCUUCAAUUAAGCCAUUGUAUUCAGACAGGACUUGUCCUUAUAUUGACAAACAAUAUUCUUGUAUUAAGAAUGGCCGAAAUGAUUCAUAUUAUCUUCACUGGGAAUGGGAGCCUGAUGACUGCAUGUUGCCAAGGUUCAAUCCUGAGAUCGCUCUCAGAAAGCUUCGAGGAAAGAGACUAAUGUUUGUAGGGGAUUCAAUACAGAGAAAUCAAUGGGAAUCUUUUAUUUGUUUAGUUGAAUCUGUAAUCCCAAAAGGCAAAAAAUCUAUGAAACGAGGGCGCGUUCAUUCUGUAUUCAAAGCUAAGGAGUAUGAUGCAACCAUUGAGUUCUAUUGGGCACCAUUCUUGGUGGAGUCUAAUACAGAUAUUCCUAUUAAAAGUGAUCCCAAUCAAAGAAUCAUUAAAGUGGACUCAAUUUCCCAGCGUGCCAAACAUUGGUUAGGAGCAGACUUCCUUGUUUUCAAUACUUAUGUUUGGUGGAUGAGUGGACUCAAGACCAAGGCACUAUGGGGCGAAUUCGAAAACGGAGAAGAAGGUUAUGAAGAAUUAGAUACAGCAACUUCUUACAGAGUAGCAUUAAGGACAUGGGCAAAUUGGAUUGAUUCAACAAUUGAUCCCCAAAAAACACGGGUUUUUUUCACUACAAUGUCCCCUUCACACCAAAAGAAUAAAGAAUGGGGGAACGUAAACGGGAUAAGGUGCUUCAACGAGACGAGACCAGUGACGAAGAAGGGUCACUGGGGAACUGGUUCAAACAAAGAUAUGAUGAAGGUUGUUGCUAGUGUUAUGGGCAGGAUGAAAGUUCCUGUUACUGUCCUUAAUAUAACACAACUAUCUGAGUAUAGAAUCGAUGCGCAUACGUCGAUUUAUGGUGAAUUGCAAGGCAAAUUGUUAACGGAUGAGCAAAGAGCAGAUCCAUUGCAUUUUGCAGAUUGCCUACAUUGGUGCUUGCCUGGAGUUCCUGAUACUUGGAAUCAGCUACUUUUUGCAUAUUUGUAGCCCCAAAAAUGUAAUGCUAAAGUCUAAACAGACUUGAAAUGAUCCUUCGUUAGUAAUUUUUCCCCCCUGUAAACCAACAACAAAUGCAAAGUGCAUGAGUUGUCGUAGACAUCCUUUUUUUUUUUUUUUUGGGGGGGGGGGGGGGGGG